AUGGCGCUUAAGAGAAUUAACAAGGAGUUGACCGAUCUCGGCCGCGACCCUCCCUCAUCCUGCUCUGCUGGUCCCAUCGGAGAUGACCUGUUCCACUGGCAAGCCACCAUCAUGGGUCCCGUAAGUCUUGAAUCCCCUAGUCAAGCUAUCGGCGGUGGUGAAGCAACAACACCUUCGCCACUUGGCGACUCUCCUUACUCGGGCGGUGUCUUCUUCCUCGCCAUCCACUUCCCCACAGACUACCCCUUCAAGCCCCCCAAGGUCAACUUCACCACCCGCAUCUACCACCCCAACAUCAACAGUAACGGCAGUAUCUGUCUGGACAUUCUGAGAGACCAAUGGAGCCCUGCUCUGACCAUCUCAAAAGUCCUGCUUUCCAUCUGCUCCAUGUUGACCGACCCCAACCCUGACGACCCGCUCGUUCCUGAGAUCGCACAUGUCUACAAGACUGACCGCUCGCGUUACGAGGCUACAGCCAGAGAGUGGACAAGAAAGUACGCCAUCUAA